UUUAUUGACGUUAUUCCCACCUACCGUUUCCUCGGGAACACCUCGUUUCAUCCACUUGAAACUUUUAUGUCUGUUUAUAUUGUUAUGCUGGCACGAAGUAUUACUACUAUUCUCACUUCAUCUAACGAUGUUCAGCCUGUUAGGAUUGCAUGUAUGAGAUGAUUAUGUUUUCGUUUUUCUUUUUUCUUUCUCAUUUCUCGGGAUGGUGCACGAUUCUCAAUCUCAUGAAUUGUUACGUCAUGGUUCUCGCAACUGGCGGUCACCUCUUUAAACGCACUGUCGUCAAUUCAAUUACGACAGGCAACGCUUUCAAUGUCAUUGGCAACUUUUGUGUACUGUGUUAUUCUUCCCCUCGCCUACAAGCCCGCCAUCUUAUCCGGUUCCGUGCUUUUGCAUCGUGCUUUCGGGCCUUGGUUGGUAUUAGAGAGAUGCCCAUUGCUGGUAUAAUUAAACCCCGACGUUGACCGGCGCCGGGACAGGGCCUGGAUUGCAAGGUGGCAACGGACGAUGCACGCAUGCCAUAGUCUCAUGCUGCGAAUUCUGCUGGCACAGUGGGAGCGACGGGAUGCUGUCGA